GUCUCUCUCUCACUUAUCCUACCUUCAUUAUCCACCUAUGCCCACACCCACCACCCUCAAGGACAUCCCGCGCGCGAGUCAGGGCGCUGGACGCCAUGCAGCAACCACCUUCGCGCGGGUAGUCCGGAAGGUGGUGGUGGAGCUCAAGACCGUGCGACUCUUCAAGCUUCUCCUCGAGUUGCGUAAGAAGCAGCAGGGAGCCAAGCUCGCGCUGCUCAUCGGCAUCAAGUACCAGGGCUGGGACAAGCCAGCAAGAUUGCGGAACACUCAGGCGGACGUAAGGAGGAUGCGGCAGCUUCUGAUCGACAAGUUCGGCUUCGAGGAUGAGAACGUGAUCGUCAUGCUCGACGGCAAGAACGCCGAUCCGCACGGCGAACCUACCCGGGCUAACAUUCUGCGGGAGAUUCGGCGUCUGGCGGGAAGGGCUCAGCCUGGCGACACUCUCUUCCUGCACUACGCAGGACAUGGCUCGCAGCUCCCGCGGCGCUUUGAGGACGGAAACGAGCGCGGAGGACACGACCAAUACAUCGUUCCCUGUGAUGCCCUUCAUCCCGAGGAUAAGGACAAAAUCAUUAGGGACGACGUUCUUUACCGUCUCCUUCCCGAUUCCUUACCUGCGCGGUGUAAACUCAUCGCGAUAAUGGACUGUUGCCAUUCAGGCACGUCCCUAGAUCUCUUUCAUGAUAAAUGCAACUGCUUCCACGGCGUGGCAGCGUGCAUUCGACGGGUCCUACGACGAGGUCGCGAAGAGCUUGCCGCCAUGGUGUCCCCUGAGAUCAUAGUGGAGAAGGGUAGCCCGGUGAUGGAGUACAAAGUCGUCACUGCCGCACUUAAAAACUCCAUCCUCGGCGAGCCUAAACCUUGCAGUGGCUUAUGCAUGCGCUCGCGUAUGUCGGGGUCCACGGCGAUCUGCAUCAGCGCAUGCCAAGAUGCUGAGAGCACCUUCGAGGCAGCCGGAAUGUCGUUUACCACGGCCAUCAUCUCUGUGCUCGAUGAGAAUUCCAAAGUAUCCUUCCGGAAGCUCGGCUCUAAAGCCCAGUCGGUCAUCGACAAGGAGCGCAAGAGGCUCAAUCGAGAGGCAGAGCAACAGCGCGUGGAGCGCUAUAUGGAGCACCGCGCUAGCAGCGACGGUUCUAUUCACGCUGCGUUCCGUCAUCAAACGAAGCGAUGGGACCAACAGGCGUGGUCCCCCAAAGUCGAGAAGCCCGGCAUCUCGUUCUUCGGCCGGUUUCGCCAUCCCAGCGAGUUGCAGCGGCAGACGCUGCAGAUCUCGAGCAGCUCGCCCUUGAAUAUGGGUGGGAAUUUUCCGCUAUGAUUGGCUUCGAUGAUCUUCGUUAUUCUGCUCCUUGGACACCUUCCAUACGAUUUCCUUUUCCAAACCGUUCUCAUUUUGCACGCACCAGUAUACACCAGCUUAUAUAUCACACAUACAAGCUCACGAUGCCCUUUAUCAUUAUUUGUAUCAUAGAAAAUUCCGUCACGACGUAUAUUGUACUACUAUAAGGCUGCGCCACGGAUUAUACUCGUCCGCAACUGGUUUUGUGCGCCG